AAUGUGGACUUUAAGGCCAAUGCACAUUCGGAUAUAAAAUUACUGCCAGUAUGGAUUCCUGUUUCCCAGCGAUUCAAAUCGACAAACAAGACGGAUCUUACACAAAAUGAGUUAAUAGAUAAGGAAAAGAACGAUUACGUAUUUUGUAUUAAUAAGUCUUUGGAGUUAAAUUUCUCAUACGUGAUGAUUGUUGAAGACGAUGCUUUAGCGAAUGCAAACCUGUUCGAUGUUUUAAAGAGAUUUUUCGUUUCAGAAAGGUUCGCAUACACUGACGAAAUCAUAUUUAAUCCGAUUAGCAAUUAUGCUUUUUUGAAACUGUAUCACCCAGAAAGGUUACUCGGCUAUUUUGGAUUUGACGCAGAACGCAUUCCUGAAUUGGUAUCAUUGUCUAUUAUAUUGACUACUCUGACAUUAUUAAUACGCACAAUUGUUCAGGGUAGUGCUUUCAAUCACUUCUAUCUAUGUCAUGCUAUAAAUGCGUUUCUUAUGUUUCUGCUAGGAAUAAUGGUCAUUGGUAGAUCUAACAUAAACGCUCUUCGUACAUAUUCGGACUACCUCUAUUACAUAACCCUGCACCAAGCUGUUGUUCUGACGCGACUUGAACCCAUGACAUGCAAGGCAGGAUUUGCCAAGGACUCCGCAAUUGAUCAGAUUGUAAAGGAAGAUCGUCUUCAAACGAGACUUGUACAGCCAAACCUGUUUCAGCACAUAGGACACUAUUCGUCAUUGAGAAAAGAUAUGCUCAACCCUUUUAUUGUGUAAUAACAGACGUUGUGUACUUAAAUAAUACUAGAAUGCUGAGAUAAUAAUUAUUG